CAGAUGAUUGCUUGUUUUUGUUAUGGAGACAAAGGACAAUUCAAUUUCCAAAUAAAUUUAUCUGUACUGACUAGAUUAAACUUUAAAAAAUGGGUAAAAUAUUUCUUGAUCAUAUUGGAGGAACGCGACUAUUUUCAUGCGCAUCAUGCGAUGUCAAUCUUACGAAUCGUUCCGAAUUAAUAAGUACGCGAUUUACUGGAGCUACAGGUCGUGCAUUCUUAUUCCACAAGGUUGUGAAUCUAAUCUAUUCGGAAGUUCAGGAUCGUGUGAUGCUAACAGGACGUCACAUGGUGCGUGAUGUUUCUUGUAAGAACUGCGGUACGAAGCUGGGUUGGGUAUAUGAAUUUGCUACUGAAGAGAAUCAAAGAUACAAGGAAGGGAGAGUAAUAUUGGAACGAGCCUUGGUCACGGAGAGUGAUGGUAUUGAAGAAAUUCAAGUUAAUGUUGAUGAUUAAAAC